AUGGAUUAUCUGCGGCUGGUGCUCUCCUGCCUCGUCCCCCUGCACGGCUGCCUGGCCGCCGGCAGCGCCCCAGAGCUCCUCCUGUCCGGCAAACUCAGCGAGUAUGGUGUGAUCGUCCCCUUCAGCGCCGAUUGCCGGGGUCGCUUCCUCUCGCACGUGGUGUCCGGCGACGCGGCGGCGGGGAUCGGCGAAGCCGCCUGUCCCCCAGCCCCGCGCCCGUCCCGCCGCCGCGUCCCCCGCAGCCCCCUCGAUGAAUCCCCCCAGCGCCGCGGGGCCGGCGGCCGCUUGCUCUACUUCAACGUCACGGUUUUCGGGAAGGAGCUGCACCUCCGGCUGAGGCCCAACCGGCGGCUGGUGCCGCUGGGCACCGUGGCCGAAUGGCAGGAGGAUUUUGAGGUGCUUUUCCGGGAACCCCUCCAACAGCGGUGCCUUUUCACCGGCGACAUCUCCGGCAUGCCCGGAGCCGCCGUCGCCAUCAGCAACUGCGACGGACUGGCUGGCCUGAUUCGGACAGACAGCAACGAGUUCUUCAUCGAGCCCCUGGAGAGGGGACAGCAGGAGACGGAGGAGCACGGGAGGGCCCACGUGGUGUACCGCCGGUCGGCCAUCCGGCAGGACGGCGCCGAGCCCCGCCAGGACCUCCACCCCGAAGCGCCUGGCGUGCGGGUGGGCGAUCUCCCCAACUCCCUGGAGCUGAUGACGGAGCGGCUGGGGGACGCGGAGCGCAAGAGACGCCACGCCAGGAAGGACGACUACAACAUCGAGGUCUUGCUGGCGGUGGACGACUCAGUCGUACGCUUCCACGGGAAGGAGCACGUCCAGAACUACGUCCUCACCCUCAUGAACAUAGUGGAUGAAAUUUAUCACGACGAGUCCCUGGGCGUUCACAUCAACAUCGUGCUGGUCAGGAUGAUCAUGGUGGGAUACCGCCAGUCAGUCAGCCUGAUAGAGCGAGGGAACCCAUCUCGGAGCUUGGAGCAGGUCUGCCGCUGGGCUCACUCGCAGCAGCGCUCCGACCCGGAGCACGCCGAGUACCACGACCACGCUGUAUUCCUCACCAGGCAAGAUUUUGGUCCCGCAGGUAUGCAAGGCUACGCACCGGUGACGGGGAUGUGCCACCCGCUCCGCAGCUGCACCCUCAACCACGAGGACGGCUUCUCCUCGGCGUUCGUCGUCGCCCACGAGACUGGCCACGUGUUAGGGAUGGAGCACGACGGCCAGGGCAACCGCUGCGCCGAUGAGACCAGCAUGGGGAGCAUCAUGGCGCCGCUGGUCCAGGCCGCCUUCCACCGCUACCACUGGUCCCGCUGCAGCAAGCAGGAGCUCAACCGCUACAUUCACUCCUACGACUGCCUCCUGGAUGACCCCUUUGAGCACCAGUGGCACUUACCCGAGCUGCCGGGCAUUAACUACUCCAUGGACGAGCAGUGCCGCUUCGACUUCGGGGUGGGCUACAAAACGUGCACGGCGUUCCGCACCUUCGACCCCUGCAAGCAGCUGUGGUGCAGCCACCCGGACAACCCCUACUUCUGCAAGACCAAGAAGGGGCCGCCCUUGGAUGGGACCGAGUGCUCUCCGGGCAAGUGGUGCUUCAAGGGUCACUGCAUCUGGAAGACGUCGGAGCAGCCUUACAGCCAGGACGGCAGCUGGAGCUCCUGGUCCAAGUUCGGCUCGUGCUCCAGGACCUGCGGGGGAGGCGUGCGCUCUCGCAGCCGGAGCUGUGACAACCCGCCCCCGGCGUAUGGUGGGCGCCACUGCCCAGGAGCCACCUAUGAGUACCAAGUGUGCAACGCUGAGGAGUGCCCGGGGCCCUACCAGGAUUUCCGUGCCCAGCAGUGCUCCAAGCGCAACUCCUACUACAGCCACCAGAACAGCAAGCACGCCUGGCUUCCCUACGAGCAUCACGACGAUGCUCAGAAGUGUGAGCUGAUCUGCCGGUCCGAGGGAACGGGGGACGUGGUGUUCAUGAAUCAGGUUGUUCACGACGGUACCCGGUGCAGCUACCGAGACCCCUACAGCAUUUGCGUCCGAGGCGAGUGCGUGCACGUCGGCUGUGACAAGGAGGUCGGCUCCCUGAAGCAGGAUGACAAGUGCGGGGUCUGCGGGGGGGACAACUCACACUGCCGGACGGUGAAGGGCACGCUGGCCAAGACCCCCAAGCAGCCGGCCGGUGUUUUGAAGAUGUUUGAGAUUCCAGCUGGGGCGAGGCACCUUCAGAUAGAAGAGAUGGAGCCGGCAUCCCACAGCAUCGCUGUUAAGAAUCAAGCCACCGGUCACUUCAUCCUUAACGCCAAGGACAAAGAAGCCAAAAGCCAAGUGUUCAUUGAGAUGGGCUUGGAGUGGGAAUACACUGUUGAACACGGCAAGGAGAGCCUGAAAACCAGCGGUCCUCUGCAUGAGGCCAUCAGCGUUUUGGUCAUCCCUCAGGAGGAGGAGGUGAGGAGCAGCCUGAUGUACCGGUACAUCAUCCACGAAGACCUGCUGCCCAUGAUCGGAAACAACAACGUCCUGCUUGAGGAGAUGGAUUCCUACGAGUGGGCCCUCAAGAGCUGGUCGCAGUGCUCCAAGGCGUGUGGAGGAGGCAUCCAGUACACCAAGUACGGCUGCCGGCGGAAAAGCGACAACCGGAUGGUGCACAGAAACUUCUGCGACAAUGGCAAGAAGCCGAAGCCGAUCCGGCGGCGCUGUAACCUCCAGGAGUGCUCCCAGCCGGCCUGGGUGGCCGAGGAGUGGGGUGCCUGCAGCAGGUCCUGCGGCAAGCUGGGGGUGCAGGCGCGGGCGGUGCAGUGCGUGCAGCGCCUGCAGGACGGCACCAACCGCACCCUGCACACCAAGUACUGCCCCGGGCAGCGGCCCGAGACGCGCCGGCCCUGCAGCCGCCUGCCCUGCCCUGCCCAGUGGAGGACGGGCGCCUGGUCGGAGUGCUCGGCGAGCUGCGGGGAAGGCGUCCAGCAGCGGCAGGUGGUGUGCAAAGGCAGCGAGAGCGGCGGGCGCUGUGAGGGCGACAAGCCGGAGGCCGUCCAGGGCUGCCACGUGGCCCUCUGCCCGGGGAAGCUCUCCGGCAUCACCGCCAGCGCCGACGCCGGUGACCACAGCACGCCCAAAGGGCAGCGGGUGCCCCAGGACGGGGCCAAAAACCCUGUUAGCAAGAUCUCCUCCAGGGAGCCUUGCCUCGGGGACAAGUCCAUCUUCUGCCAGAUGGAGGUCCUGGCUCGCUACUGCUCCAUCCCCGGCUACAACAAGCUCUGCUGCGAAUCCUGCGGCAAGAAAGCCUCCUCCGCCACCGGCUCGCCCCCCGCCACCGGCCCCAGCGCUCCCCCGGGAACCACCACCCCCAGCCUCGCUCCGCCGCUCUCCCCCCGCCUCACCGCCCCUGCCCGGCGGGGACCCGGUGGGGACCCCACUCCGGCACCUCGGGCCGGACCAGCCGCCAACGGAGGGAUGCCUGGCAGCGGUGCUUUCCCCGGGGGGCUGCCAGCCCCGAGCGAGCCGGGCAGGGGCCAGGCAGCCAGGUAA